AUGAAUCUAUGUACUCUAACAUUCAAUUUUGUUAGCUUACAUCUUGUACGGUUACAAAACAGUUAUUACUUGAAUGCAGCUCGUUUUGAUCUCCCACGAUGCGUGUCGCUGGCAUUAUAUUCUACGCCUACAUUGGCAUUUACUUGCCUAGGUUCCUUUGUUUGUCCGCUUCCCAAUAACGAGUAUCUAAAUAGUGUGAUCUAUAUUAUCGCCAAAUAUUUGCAGUAUGGCGUGGAGAGAAGAGGGGGAAAAUUUGCCUGCUACGGCACGUGCCAAGACUAUGUCGUCCUUGUCUAUAUUGCAUGCCAAUGA